AUGUCCUCCACCCUUACCAUAGAAGCUAAAGCCCACAAUCUCAACCCCAGGUGUUUGGACAAUGUUCGGUUUCAAACAGAAUCACUUUUGAGGUUCUUCAAUCGAAAUCAAGCGACUCUUAUGAAUUCCAAUGACGCGAACCGACCGACCUUGGAAGCACAUGCCUGGGAGAAAGCUGUUACGUUGGUGAAGAUUUUGUCAGGCAAGCAGCUGUGGUGUGAGGAAUCCCAGUGGCUCCAUCCCACAAGGAUCUGGGUAUACACCAACAUGUUGCGAGUCAUGGGGGGGCCCUCGGUCGAUUGGAACAGACUCUAUGCAGUCCCACCCACCACCACCCCUAUGUUCUUCAUGGAAGGUUACGACGGCCCCUCUCCCCCCAUUCCUCCCAUUACGUCAACCAUUUCUACAUCGGCAAAUUCGUCGCUCCCAGCCCAAUCUUCACUGCCCCCAAUAUCGGCAGACACACAAGCGUCAUCUGUCCCGAUACCGAAUUCGUCGCUCCCAGCCCUGCCCCCAAUAUCGGCAGACACAUCUGUCCCGAUACCGAACGCUCCCCAACGCCAAUCAACUCCAGAAGCCGGCCCAGCACCAGAAAAGAAGCCAGCCGAGCCCAAACCUCAACAAAGUCGAGCAAAACCCGAGGCCGGCACGAGCAGUGGGAGAAAGAGGAGAGGGGACUCCUUGGAUGUCCGGCCGAGGAAGACCCGCAUCGUCAGCGCACAACACAUUGAGGAAAGCAGCGAUGAGGAGACGCCCAUGCUGAAGCCCAAUUCACGAAAUUCGGGCAACACUGCCAAGCCGAGGUUGAAACAACAGCCGGUUGUUGAGAUAACAGUAAAGCCCAGGUCCAAAGCGACACCUCGGGUUAGCCCAGACACAGCUACAAAGGCGGCACUAAAGGCCCAGGCAUCAGCAGAGAAGCUUGAAAAGCAGAAUGCGGCCAUUAAAAUGGGAGAAUACAAGCUUGCCAUUGAGCCCUGCAUAGCCUGCAGUAAACGAAAGGACAAACAGACCGUCCCAUGCGCAGAGAGCACCAGCGGUGUGCUCGCCGCCUGUUUCACUUGCAACACGGGCAAGACAAAAUGCAGCAAGGCAGGGGGGAAUUCGAAGAAGAAGACUGAGGGAGAGGAGGCAGAGGAAGUGAAGAUUGUGGUCAAGAAAACAAAGAAGCGCAAGGCAAAGAAGGAUGAAGAAGCCGAGGACGGGGGAGAGAAGGGAAAGAAGAAAGCCAAGAAAUCGAAGGCUAAGAAGUUGGAACCAAUGGCGGAGGGAGCCGAGGACGGGGGAGAGGAGGAAAGUGUGGUCGUCGUUCGAAGACCCAAGACGAAGGCAAUGAAGCAGGAUGUAGAAAUGGCCGAGGUUUCUGAGGGAGAGUCGUUUGAUUUUGAGUCUAUAAAGGAGGAGGAUUCAGAGAUGGUGGACAUGACCUUGGGUGUGGACGCCGAGGCGCGGGCAACUCCAGCCAUCGUCAUUGAACGACCAACACCAACACCCCCAGUUCAACCGAAGUUGAGUCUGGCCAUGGAUGAAAUGCCCACUGUGCCCGAUGUCGGCCAAUCAUCAGCUUCCCUCAUGCCCAACCUUGGGCAAUCAUCAGCAACAGGGAUCAUGCCCGACCUCGGGCAAUCAUCAGGUAAUGCUGCAAUGCCCAUUGUGCCUGACCUCGGCCAAUUGUCAGCUCCUGCCAAUGACAUGGUGGGGAUCUUAGUCAAUAGCACUCCGGCCUUGGUCGACAUCUUCCCUUCCCAGCCUGAGCAGUCGGUUUCGAACUCACGCCGCGUCAGUCCCCCUCAUGUUCAAGAACUUCAUCCAAUGUACAUCAAGAAGGUGGAUUUCAGGUCCCACACUCCGCCACCGGCAUUCGACAUGCAUGCGAUCCAGCAUGAGAUCAGGAGACUCGGUCAAGAUCAGACCAACAUUCAAAACACUCUCCGCGAACAACAGGCUCAGCUGACCAUCGCGUCAGAGCAUACUGGCAUCGACCCGAGUGCUCUUCUCCCCCCAUUCGUGAACUCCACGUCACUCAGCCAACGUCUGGCCUCCCUGGAGGAAAUGACCCAGAGACUUCAAGAGGUUGAAUCCGCUGGCGAUCGUCUUGCUGAACAACACGAAGCUUUUGAGGGGGAGGUCAGGAAUAUGAUGAAGGUCACGCCGGCUGCAUUGCAAGAACAAGUUGCGAAGUCUAUGGCCGAACUUACAAACCGAGUCCACCAGGCUGAGCAAGCACAGGAGACUCUGACUACGUCCUAUAGCGCACUUACCGAGGGUCAGAUAAAACUUGGUAACCGACAAACGAUUGUGGAACAAAUUGUCCUCAAUCAUUUCGGCCACAAAAUCAUGACCAACGCCCAGAUCAAUGCGACCAAGGGGACAGCCGAUAUCGGCAUCAACACGAUGAAGGGUACUGUGGAUAUUGGCAUCAACACCGAUAAAUCAGCAGAGGAAUUGGUCCAAGCAUCGAGCCCGGCCCCAAUCCAGUCAGCAGCUCCUCCGACGCCGGCGCAAGCUUCGAGCCCGGCUCCAAUUCAAUUGGCAGCUGUGCAAGCUUCGAGCCCGCCUCCAAUUCAACCCACAGCUCCUUCAAAUCUGGUUCAAGCUGAGAGCCCGGCCCCAAUCUAUUUGGCUCCAAAGCCAGUUCGUGCAACAUGCCGCGGCAGAUCACCCUCUCCCUUCACAGUUGGCACCAGGAGGUCUCCUCAGCUGAUAGCUUCAUCUGAUGAUCAUCCUUCGACUCCCACUAAUGAAGACCCGCAAUAA